UUAAGAAUAGCGUCAUACCUAAGCGAAAAACCCUUCCCCUUAUUUCCUCUUUUAAAAACCCCCAAUCUCGCCGCUUCUCUUCAUAAACAUCAUCAUCAUCAAUCUCCACGCACACACAAAUACAUCGCCCAAUUCUCUCGAUCCCGACAACAUGGCUCUACCUAACCAGCAAACCGUCGAUUACCCUAGCUUCAAGCUCGUUAUCGUUGGUGACGGAGGCACAGGAAAAACAACUUUUGUCAAGAGACAUCUUACCGGAGAGUUUGAGAAGAAGUAUGAACCUACAAUUGGUGUGGAGGUUCACCCUCUAGAUUUCUUCACAAACUGCGGCAAGAUCCGUUUCUACUGCUGGGACACCGCCGGUCAAGAGAAGUUCGGUGGCCUUAGAGAUGGUUACUACAUCCACGGUCAAUGCGCGGUGAUCAUGUUCGACGUGACGGCGCGUCUCACGUACAAGAACGUCCCCACGUGGCACCGCGACCUCUGCCGUGUGUGCGAGAACAUCCCCAUCGUUCUGUGCGGGAACAAGGUGGACGUGAAGAACAGGCAGGUGAAGGCGAAGCAGGUGACGUUUCACAGGAAGAAGAAUCUUCAGUACUACGAGAUAUCCGCCAAGAGCAACUACAACUUCGAGAAGCCCUUCUUGUACUUAGCUAGGAAGCUCGCCGGAGACCAGAACCUUCACUUUGUCGAGUCCCCGGCUCUCGCUCCCCCCGAGGUUCACAUCGACUUUGCUGAGCAGCAGAAGAACGAGGCUGAUCUCAUCGCCGCCGCGGCUCAGCCUCUUCCUGAUGAUGAUGAUGACGCUUUUGAGUAAAAAAAAGAAGCUUGCUUCCACUAUGUCUGAGAAGCUGUUUGCUUUUGUCUCUGAUUCCUCUCUUUUGUUUUUUGGUUUCUUCUCUGUGUUGCAUUGAUGUUAACAUAUAAAAUGAGAACUAAAUUGGGAUUGUUUCGUUUGGGAAUAGAGCAACUUGUUUUUUAA